GGGGGCGAAAAUAACAUCGAAAGAUCGGAACUUGGCUGGAAAAAUGGGCGCCGUAGAGCCCAGCUUGGAUGAGCUCUUGGAGGAGAGGAAACGCAUGAGGAAUCCUCUCGUCCCCAUUGGGUGCAUUCAUGACAGCGGGAGUGCUAACAGCGGGGCUAGUAAGUUUCAGAAGAGGGAAUUCACAGCUGGGACAGAAGUUGAUGAGAGCUCGCGUGGUUGUUCAAGGAGCAACCGUUGCUCUAAUGGUUGGGACUGCCGUAUACUAUGGACAGCACCCCUGGAACAAGAAGCCUGACUCAUCUGUAUAGAAGAUCAUCAACAGAAGUUACACAAGCAGCCUACCGGAAAAUAAGACAGAAUGAAUUACUUGCGCUGCCGCUCCCUUACCAAUUUGUAGCUUUCCUAUGAAUUUCUGGUAUCGAAUGUUUCCUUAAAUGGUUGACAGUUUGGGCAGUUGUAACUAAUAUGUAGGCUGUAGCUACUGUAUUUAUUUUCUUUACUUCAGAUAACAUUUUGCGUCGAGGCUGAAAUAAGGGGAUUUCAGAAGUUCUUUCUGUGAA